CUUUGCAUCGAGACGGAGCUGACAGUCGCGAAAACAGUCAACAUGGCCGUCCACAGAGUGUCUAACCACAAUCAAAUGGAAUAUAACUUCGACAACAUGGAGUCCAAACAAGGGAAAAUUUGUCAAGAGGACCGUUUUGACAGCGGCCUGGAUUCCCUGAAGGAGGACGAGCUGGUCAACGACUUUGAGGAGUUGAAUGUGAACGUGACCGAGGAGCUCACACAGGAAUACGAGCCUUGGAGAAGUGCAGUGACAGAGGAUGGUGACACGCUUCUCCACUUGGCCAUCAUUCACGAAGCCACAGAACAUGCCUUUCAGAUGAUCAAACUUUCACACAAUCAUCCCUUCCUCAACGUCCAGAACCACCAGAGACAGACUGCCCUCCAUCUGGCAGUGAUCACAGAGCAGCCUCAGCUAGUGGAGAGGCUCCUGAAGGCCGGCUGUGACCCACGUCUGGCCGACGACAGCGGGAACACUGCUCUCCACAUCGCCUGUAAGAGGGGCUCCCUCGCCUGCUUCGGCGUCAUCACCCAGAACUGCCAACACCACAUCACCUCCAUGGUGUCCUUCCCCAACUACAGUGGCCACAACUGUCUUCACUUGGCGUCCAUUAACGGCUUCGUUUCACUGGUGGAAAGCCUCGUCCAGCUUGGUGCAGACAUUAACGCACAGGAACAGUGCAGUGGAAGGACGUCGCUCCAUCUUGCUGUAGACCUCCAGAACCCCACACUGGUGCGUCGCCUCCUGGAACUCGGCGCCGAUGUUAACUGCUUAAACUACGGUGGCUUCACGCCGUACCAUCUCACAUACGGGCGCCAGAACGAAGAGAUCCGCUGCCAGUUGUACGAGAAGACGGCACAGGAGCUGAGAGAGCUGCCUGAGAGCGAAUCAGACGAGAGUGAUAUGGAGGAUCUGGACUCAUCGGAAGAUGAGCUGUACGAUGACAUAAAGUUCGGAAAGUAAACAGAACCGUGCCCUCUACCGGUGGUGUGAACAGUGAAGCUGCUACUGGGUCGCCCAGCCACGGCCCCCCCAAAUAAGGGACGCAUCAGUUCUCCAUCCAGGUCCGCAGGUGCUGGUCCCGGGAUCAAAAGAACACGGAUGAAGACGGCGUCCAGUCUGGUCAUGCUUGGUCUGAAUCACAGAGCGAUAUACCAUAAAACAGCAAGACCACGACCUAUAUAUAGUCCAUAUAUAUACUGUAUAAAUAUAUAUUGAUGUGUAUAUACAAGACGUGUGUAAUAUAUUGUAAAUACAGAGAUGUUAUUUUUUUAUACCUGUACAUACGUGUGAAUUUAAACACUAUUAACAAAAAAUAGUUCUGAAAAAAUAAAAAGAAGUCUAUGAAUAUAAA